GUACUUGUUGGUAAACAGUCGAUGAUAUGUCGAUCCCUCGUCAAAUGAAUUGUCAAGUUUAUUUAAAAAGAUAUUUCAGUGCCAUCCACUACUGCCUUCAGGAGACACCAGAUAUUCUAUGCUUCUUAAAGUUCGAGAACUCAGUUCAAUGUUUUUAUCGACAGCGAAAUUGGAUAACCCGUUUAUCGUUGGCAAAGAUGCGGACGAUCUAUUGUUUCCACUACCAUCGACUUCAUAUUUUCUCAUUUAUGGUGAGAAACUACCGGAAUCUCCAUCACUUUGCAUAUAUGCCUCGCUACUACACGAACCAAAUGAAUUCGUUAAUAUAUUCGAACACACAAUGUCUAAUUCGUGCAUCAAACCUGACCGCCGCGAGGAGGCAAUGCAGGCAUUAGACAGAUCAAUGGAGGUAAUAUGUCAUCGAAGUGGGCUGAAGCGCUUUUCUACAGCCGAACACGAUCAUGGCAAGAAAGCUAAAUUGGAAAAAGAGUGGGAUUAUAUCAGCGCACUCGAUAGAAUCAAAGAAGAGAAUUCCAAAACUGUCAUUGAACGACAAAUCUUCAAAAGCAAAUCUACCAAGCAAAAGAAAGUGACUAUGAUUGCUGCGCCAACCGCUGUCAUUGGCGAUAAGUCUGCCCCAUCGUCUCCAUCCACUAGCAAGGAACAAUCAGAUUCUUACAUAGACAACAGUCAGCCAACACGAGCAGCCGAAAAAUAUGAAAGAAGCCCAAGCAUGCGUACUGGCUCUCCUGUCGCGGCCAUCAUCCCAGAGGUCAAAGAUGUGUCAUCCCGACCGACUUCAGUUACCGAGUCUACGACAACACGGCGAAAGGAUGAGCCUACGGAAGCGGAAAACAAAAAGGUAAGUGACAAAAGCAGACAAAGAAGUUGACGGUUAAAGACAAUUAAUUUGCCUUUUUUACUCCUGUCUGAAAAAAGGUACUGAAGAAAUUGGUUUGGGACAAACUCUUACAGCGUGGAUAUGUAAAGAGAGACGAAAAUACCAAGGCAUACUAUCAUCAAGUAUAUCAAAGCUCGCAAUUCAUUCUGCGAAAUAUCAUCAAGAAAAAAAUACUUCCUGUAG